UCUGCUGCCUCCUCCACUCUCACUGAAGUCAAAGACUGAGCAGGAGCUGAAGAGACUGAGCCGACACAAAAUGAGAGGACUUGUUGUCUUGGUAACUUUGGCCUGCUUUGCCAGCGCUCAGCACCAGGCUCUGAUUGACUAUUUGGAGCGGAGGCUGCUCGCUAUUGAGGACCGGAUCUCUCUCUGGCAUGAACAGACAACCCGGUAUGCCUCAGAGCUGCGGGAGCUGAAACAACAAAUGGUUUCCCAGCUAGAGAGCCUGGACAAAGAAAAAGAGACACUUAGGAUGAAUCUGGACAGUGUGGGGACAAGGGUGGACCGAGUGGAGCGGGAGUUGGACUACCUGGAGACCCAGAAUGGAGCUCAGCCAUGUGUGGACAUGGAUGACAAGUUGAUUGAGCAGCAGGUGACACUGGUGAAAGAAAAGCAGAGGGCCAAGUAUUCAAAACUGUCAGACUGCAGUGACAUGAUCUCCAGCAUUAAAGCCAUGAAGAUCUUGAAGCGAGCAGGAGGGCCAAAGGGCACGUGGACCAAAGACACCAGCAGAGGCUCUGGGAAGGUCUUCAUUUUUAAUGGUACAGAUGAUGACACCAUCCAUGAGUUUUCAUCUGUGCAGGAGUUCACUCGAUCGCAAGGUUUGUCUCUGUCCAGGAACCUGAAGCUGCCGUCUGCCUGGAGGGGAACAGGACACGUCGUCUUCAACAAUCAUGCUUAUUACAUAAAUCAGGUGGCAGAGAUGAUGGUGGUUAAAUAUAACAUGAGGAAUGGCUCUGUGACAGACAGUGCAGUGUUCCCGGUGCAGGACCAUGUCCCAGUUUAUGGUCUGUCCUCUGAGACAGUGAUGGACCUGGCUGUAGACGAAGAGGGCCUGUGGGCCAUCUACUCCACACGACAGAAUGAGGGGCACAUCUCUCUGGCGAAAAUGGACGCAAACUCACUUGACAUUGAACAGAUGUGGGACACAAACUGUCCAAGAGAGAAUGCGGAGGCAGCUUUCGUCAUCUGUGGCACUCUGUAUGUGGUGUACAACACCAAGCAGCCAGGCCGCUCUCGUGUUCAGUGUGUGUUUGAUGUCAAUGACAUGGUGGCCAACGAAGAAGCACCGCUGGUUUACUUUCCAAAGCGUUACGGAGCCCACUCCAGUCUGAAGUACAACCCACAGGAGCAGCUGCUGUACGCCUGGGACGACGGCUACCAGAUCCUGUACAAACUUAUCAUGAAAAAGAAGCUAGAAAUCUGAGUGAAAAAUAUGUUUGUACAUUGUCCCAAAAUAUUUAAAGAGAAAACAAAUGCUCUUGAAGCACCAAGUACCAAGUAUGAGCUAUUAAACUACAUAUCAACCCUCUAAAUGAAUAUAGGAAUGAAGAUUUGUUUUACUGCUUGUUUCUAAGCCAAUGGUUUCUGUAAGGAAUAUAAGUCAAAUUAAGUUUGAUAUCUACAGUUUUUGACAGUUUCGUGAUAGUAUGUGGUAAAAUGUUAAAUCCUGGUCAUAAUUGUGUAGCAGCAGACUAAAUUAAAGAUUCAAAUGACACAUUUAAAAAAUUAAGUAUUGCAGACCUUACAUAAAAUGUGACCCAUUUCACAGAACAGAACAGUACAGUACAGAAAUGGAUGUACAUAAAUAAAUGGUUGCCAGUUAGGAACACAUUUUUUGUCAAUCCGCAUCACAUGCAAUAAGUAAUGAGUUGAAGUACCAGUGAGUUAAUCUAGAGUAGAUGUACAUUUCAACAGUAUUGCUAGCAACAACUGCUAUUUCUAGAAUGACUGCACUGUUCUCUAAUUUCUCAAUCUUUCUGCAAAUGCUAGAACAUUAAAUUACUGUACUUACCUGUGACUUCAUUUGUUUCUGUUUGUUUCAGAACUAGCUUUCUUGGAUUAGUCUGCAACAUGG